AUGGUCGACGCCAAUCACACGAGCAAUGCCACGGCUCCCGUCAAUAGUACCAUUCAGGCCUGGCAUAAGUUGCAAGGGCAUGUGAUCGACAAGAGAUAUGACGCGGGCUAUGUCGUUUUAUCAUACUUGGUCAGCCUGGUGGGCGCCUGGACAGCAUUUGAACUGCUCAAUCUAAGAACGACAAGAAAGGGUAGUUAUAACUGGGCUUUCCUCGUAUUUGCUUCAAUAUCGAUGGGUGGUGUUGCUAUCUGGUGUAUGCAUUUUGUCGGCGACGAGGGAAUUAUUCUUGGUGGCGGCGAUCCUUCCUUGCAAAUAUCAUAUAACCAGAUUUCCACGUCCGAAUCCUUUUUCCUACCCGUUAUAGUAUUUUUCAUCGCAUUCUGGACUGUUGGCUCUAAUGAAACGAUAGAUUUACCCCGUGUUGGUCUAGGUGGGACUUUGGCUGGUCUUGGAAUAUGUGGUAUGCAUUACCUUGGACAAGCUAGUAUUUCGAACUACACAUGCUUCUACAAUAUUGUUUGGGUCGUAAUUUCUGCGGUCAUAGCUAUCGCAGGUAGUAUAGGGUCGAUCUACCUGUUUUUCCUUUGGCGUUCGUCUUGGGCAUCGUGUUGGUCGAAGAAAGGCAUCUGCGCGUGUAUACUUGCAUCUGCAAUAUCCGGAUUGCAUUGGCUAUCAUCUGUCGGUACACACUACCGUCUCAGCGGCCGUCCAAUACCCCCGGCCUCGAAUCCGACUCGACAUUUUGCCAUUAUUGUGGCUACAGUUUUGACCGUAGUUGCUGCCAUCAUUAAUAUAACAGUGAAACUUAUGCUCUUUACACGAAGACAGGAAUCUAUCAACCAUUCUCAGAAGCUCACUUUGUUGGCAGCUAUAUUUGAUAAGCAUGGAAAUGUUUUGAUUGGUCCACAAGGUAUUCUACCGAAUCGCAAGAUAACUAGUUCCUUCAUCGAGGGGUCUUUGAAUGAAGUCUUUAACAUCUCGCAUCCAAUCUUUCUGUGGAUAUUUAGAGCAGCGAAAAACUGGCAUUGUGUCAAAGAUAUCGUCCCAGCCAUGCGUCUCAACAUCAAUGCUCAUAUUGAGAAGCAUCACCUUCGUGGCAAGGAAGAAGUCAGCCUUGUAGAUAGUGAGGGUGAUUUGAUCAAGGAUUAUUCUAUCGUGUUUCGAGAAUUGUUCUGCAUCGCCGCCGCUGAUCUUGCGAAUGAUCUUAGUAUCCCCAUGGAAAUGCUAGGUCCUUUGUAUGACGAUGUCAUUGGUACCGGGCAAAAGAUUCCUUUAUCGGCAAUUAUCAAAUCUCGAGUCGGAAUAGUAAGCGACUUGAUUGAGAAAUUUUUCGGUGACAUAAAGCAAAAGAUCAAAGGUGGCCGUCGCGCUAUUAGAAGACCUAGAAAAGAUCUCGAGAAGGAUGCAGGAGCAGGAACUGGCCAGCUACUCUUUCUGGUCAAGAAAGUACAUCGCCGUGAGGCAGAGGCUCUACUAGCAGCUGGGUAUCGAUUUGGGAAGAUCGAACAGGUUUUACCAACACUAUCGCACACCAUGAAAAUCAAGGAUGAAGACCUUACCAAACACCUCUCGGACUUGUGGCAGUUUUCAAACCAGGACGAUAUGUUGGACCCAGGUUGUCAUCUUGCCUGCUUUGCAAUUCGAGCUUCUGUUAGAGGAGGAUUCGAUAUUGUUGUCAGAAAAGACGCCAAAAGUCAACUUCCGACGAUGACUUUGCCCUUUCAAACACUGGAAGAUUGGCAGCUGGGCUUUUUGACCGCAAUGAAUACCCUCAAUGUAACAGAAUGUCAAAGGUUUCUGAGCAAGGCUGUCAAGGCAAAAGAGUUACCUACAAGGGAGAAAACAUUUUCUAACCAAUUACUUACUACACUUCAGUCAUUGAAAUACGAGAUCGGCGACCCUAUUUUUAGCGAAGCAUGCCUCAUAUCGAAACCAAUCGAGUCUCCAUGUCGAGGAGCAUCCACAAACCAUAGGCCCGGCAUAGCAUUUGUUAUCGCCUUUCGACUCAUGGUACCUAUACAUACUCGACGUGCUCCUGGAAAGAAAUGCGCUUUUGCGCCACUCACUCUCUUCAAAUUGCAGCAACGUGUGUAUAGGAAUGCAUUGGAUCAUUCUUUCUUCGUACGUGCUAUAUACCGAGAGUUUUCACCAAUAUUCGCAGCGACCGCUCGAGAUCGUCCACAAGAAAAGAAAAUUCUGUCAAGUUGGAGGCCCAACAAGAACGGCCCAAUGGACGUAGAGGUUGUGGAAGUACACGAUCCAUUCGGAAACGCCAUGACUCGAAUCGUCCCCAAGAGGAAGUUGCAACACCGACCCACCAUGGCUCGUCUAAGAAGCCUUUGGGAUGCACGUCUUGGUCGCUCGGGCGAGGAAGAUAAUGAUGCUGGUGAAAUGCCAAAGCCAAUAAGAGCCGCUUCUUACCAAUCGAUGGGGAUUUUGGUCAGCACGGAAGUUGCGAGAGAUGUGAAGUAUAGUUCAGAUAAGAAGGUUGAUGGGAAAGGGAAGGGGCUCGAUGCUAGAGGGACUACUAGGGGGGUUACGGCGGUGGUGGGUGAGGAUGUGGAACCGCUUACUUUUGUGGAUGAAUUGUUUCAGAUUUGUGUUAAGAAUACGGGGAUGCCUCAUUGA